AUGGCGCACUACUUUUCCCACCAAGGCUACGACGGCGCUUUCGAUCAACGCGGUCAAGGGAUCUACCGUCUUUUCGUCCCAGACCUGAGCUCCUUCCACCGUAUCCUCCCUGAAGCCCAGCUGAUAACCUACAACGCCUCAAAGGAGAUCGCACAGCUCCAAGGCGUGUAUCCACCAUCUUGGGCACUCAAACGAGACCCAGGUAGUCUGGUUAUCCACAUCGACGGCGCCUGCCGCAACAACGGCCAGCCCGGAGCACGGGCAUCCUGGGGUGUGUUCACCAGCUCCCGUGCCGAGAUCGAGGCCCUGUCUCACGGAAUCGACAUCAUCUACGAUAUCUGCUUUUACGACCAUUCCCUCACGCGCGUGAAGAUUGUGUCCGACUCCCAGUACCUGGUCAACACCAUGUCGAUGUGGGUAUACGAUUGGGCUGCAAGCGGCGGAUUCACCGCAUCGGGCCGUCCCGCGGUACACUUCAACAGGCUUAUGGAUUUGCAAUCGAGACUGGAGGGUUUGGAGAGCCCGGAUAAUGCGGACAUCGACAUUCAGUUCUGGCGUGUGCCGCGUGUGAGGAACCACGAGGCCGAUGCGUUAGCGAACUAG